GAUUCCUUCCGGAGCCGGAUGUAGGUGGGCUAUAAGGAACUAGGGUAGCUAUGAAGCCGGCGGUGGAUGAGAUGUUUCCCGAGGGUGCGGGGCCCUAUGUCGACCUUGACGAGGCUGGAGGAAGUACAGGUUUAUUGAUGGAUCUAGCAGCUAAUGAAAAGGCAGUACAUGCAGAUUUCUUUAAUAAUUUUGAAGAUAUGUUUGACGACGACGAUAUCCAGUGAAAUGUGUCUUCCAGCUAUAUGGUGCUGAAUAUUUAUAUUUCUUAUAGACUGUUCUAAACAAAAAGGAAAUGUGAACAUAGUCAUUAAGGCAUUAUGAAAUGGCUAAAGAUGGAUAAAGAGGAGAAUUAUGAAGCUCAUUUCCAUUAGGAUUUGUCUAGAUGUAGAAUUGUGUAGACUUGCUAUAAUAAAAUCUAAAUAAAUAUUUAAUUUUGAAAAAAAAA